AUGGGAGGUGGAACUAUGCAUAUUGAUCAUCAUCAUACCUUAUCCUCUUGUUGCUGUAAUGCUAAUCUCUGCAGAAAACAAGAGAUAACAUCAAGUGGGUGUCUCUAUAACCGUGUAUUUGAGACUGUUCCAUCUCAAAGGGAAGUUGAAGAUGCAACUUCAGCUCUUCAAGAAUUUAUGAAAGCAAUAUCAUCAACGAUAACUAUUCAGCAAAUCUCAGACACUUAUGAUUCAAGGAUCAUGCUGUCACAGGGAUAUAGAAGACUUUAUGAUGCUCUUCAGAUGCUACAAGCUGAUCCUGCUGUUAAGAGAUUAGUGGUUUCAUUAUCAUCUGAUGAAGCCAUUUGGGAUGCUGUCAUAAGAAAUGUGUUGCAUCAAAGGCUUCUGGAGUUACCUGCUUCAGUUAAUUGUCAAAGGCCUCAGAUUUCAGGACAGAGAGAGAUUGGCGUAGAAAUCGUAAACUGGAUAUUUGAUAUCAUGAAAGGAAAGAUUUUGGAGCUGAUGGAAAGUUUUCAGUCACUAAUGAAUGAUUUAUUUCAGUCGCCUAGGACUGGGAAUGCAACAGGAAAUGCAAUACAGUUGGAUGAAAAAGUUAGGUCAUCUACCCUUCUCUCCAUUGUAAUCCUCUUGAUUGUCAUCAUGGCUAGAUUCCAAAGAUCUCAAGUCUAA